GCUAUUUGUAACAUAACCAAGGUGUUUUAGGCUGUCGAUGUGAUAUUGGACGACAUCAUUAAAUCCACUUUAACCAUCAAAAUAAAAAGUAAUUUUUUGUUUUCUGACUUUAAUGUGGCAAUUCAAAUACAUACUUACGGACUAACUAACAACUAUAAUCUUCCUCUACUUUUUUUAAAAGUUUAAUUUAAGUACUGAAUUAUCUAAGAUGGCAAUUUUGAAGUAAAUCCAUACUAAAUACCCAAUUAUCAUUAAUGUAAAGAGAUCUUUAACCCCCUUAUUUAUGUGUGCCUUAUUCUGUGAAAGUUAUGUAUUGCGGUGAGGAUCUUGCCUGAAUUUUUCAAAUAUCCAAAUAUCGAAUGUUUAACGGUUUUAACAAUAGCAUUAUAAAACUUCUUUAAGUAGAUAAAGUCGGUAGUGUAAUGGUUUCUCAUUCAAGUCAAUUGUAUAUUGAAAAGCAUGAGAAGUUUUUCCACCGGUUUCUAACUGUGUUACCAUCAAAACUUCAAUCUGAGGACGCCAAUAAGUUAGCCUUAAUAUACUUCAAUCUUUACGGAUUGUCUAUCAUUAGGAAGCUAAAUUUUAGCGACGUAGAGAGGAAAUUUUUUGUUGAUUGCAUAUAUAAAGAUUAUUUGUUGGAUACAGAUAAGUUUACGGCAUUCCGUUCAACGGCUAACUUUAAAUAUGGAGGUGAAAAGUAUGAUCUACCAAAUCUUUCAUCUACCUUAUUCGCAUUACAAAUUUUAUUAGUAUUGAAGAAUGAUUAUUCGGCUAAAUUGAAUAAUCAUAAGAUUAUGAGAUUUGUUAAAUUGAGUCAGUUUCAAAGUGGUACAAUGGAGGGAUCGUUUGCGCCAACAUUAAUAAAUAAUAAGAGUAUACAUGAACCGUUUGGUGAGUCAGAUAUAAGACUCUGUUAUAUAGCUGCUAGUAUAAGAAAACUAGUAAAAUAUGAUCAAUUGAGUGAAGAAAAAAGGAUAAAUGAUAUCAAUGUCAAUUCAUUAAUAAAAUAUGUCAAACUGAGAUUAAACAUCGAUGGAGGAUUUAGUUCUCAGAUUAAAGAUGAGAGUCAUUUGGGUUAUGUUUAUUGUGCAUUAGCAUGUUUGAAGUUAUUAGAUUACGAUUUUACGAAAGAUGAAGAAUUUGAGUCAGUACUACAUUGGUUACUACAAAGACAAGUAGAUUAUCCUCAACCAUUAUAUGAACACAUAGAUUAUGAAUACUAUAGAGAUGAAGAUGUUGGAGGGUUCAAUGGAAGAGAAAAUAAACUCGGUGAUACAUGUUAUUCAUGGUGGUGUUUAGGAAGUUUACAGAUAUUAGGAUCGGAAUAUUUGAAUUUAACUAACUUGGAAAAGAAUUAUAACUACCUAUUACAAAGAACGCAAAAUGGAUUAUUAGGAGGAUUUAGUAAAGAUCCUCAUUCCAAUCCCGAUCCAUAUCAUAGUUUCUUGGCCUUAGCCAGUCUUUCCUUAACAAAUGAAUUUCCUGAACUAGAAGGUGUAGAUGAAUCAUUAGUUAUUACAUCAUCGCUGAAGGAAUUUUGGAUAAAUCACAUAUCUUUUACAGAUUAGAGAGCGCAUCCUAUUAAAUAGAGCAUAAAUAGAGAUCUAAAAAAUUGCCUUCGUAAAAUG